AUGAGAUCUCUAAUACUGGCCAUCCUAUCUAGCACGGCACUCGCCGUGGGAGAUGAACCAAAGCCUGGUCCUGAUGGGAAGUACACAAUUUCGACACCAAGUAUAAAAGCCCAGUUUAUACCAUACGGGGCUACCCUCACGAAUCUGUUUGUCAAGGAUAAAUCCGGCGACGACGUUGAUGUUGUCUUGGGCUACGAUGUCUUGGAUUACUACCCAAAGGAUCCAGGACACCCCGUGUACAACUCCAUUCCAGGGCGCUACGUCAAUCGCAUUGGCCACGGCCACUACACUCUUGACAAUGUCACGUACACUACAGAACUCAACGAUGGCAACAACACGCUGCACAGCGGGACCAAUAACUGGUCAUAUCGGACCUGGAACGUGACGGAUCUCUCUGAUACAUCCAUCACCUUUUCCAUCUUAGACACCUCAAACUCAUCGCUCGGCAUGCUGGGCCGCGUCGAGGCAUCAGUGACGUAUAGCGUGGCCAAGAAUACCUGGAAGAUCCACAUGAAAGCAAACGCGUCCGACAGGAAAACUCCCCUCAUGCUCACUCAGCACACAUACUUUAACCUCGAUGCCUACCGCGACCCGUCGACGGACAAGAUCUGGGACCACACCCUCCACCUCCCGUAUUCGGCGCGGUACCUCGAGGCCGAUCAGGGGGCGCUGCCGACGGGCAAGAUCCUGACGGCGGCCGAGGGCAGCAUCAAUGACUUUGCGAGCGCGCCGAAUCUUGCACUCGGGCAUGCGCGCGAUCAAGCCGGCUUUUCAGGCAAUUGCGGAGCCGAUGGUGCUUGUGAAGGCUACAAUGGCUACUGGCUGAUUGACAAGGCCCCCAAGAACGCCACCGUGGCGACGCUGGCGAGUGCCUUUUCCGGCAUCCGGGCCGACCUGCGGACGGAUCAGGCCGGACUCGUCGUCUACUCGUGCAAUUGGUUCGACGGGACCGCGGCGCUCAAGCGCACGCAGGGCCUGCGGGAUCGACAUACUGUCGGCCGGAGCUCGUGCGUGGCCAUUGAAGCCCAGGACUGGGUUGAUGGGAUCAACCACCCUGAAUGGAAUCGUACCGAGGCUCAGAUUACAGGACCAGGCAAGAAUUAUACCUGGGAAAGCUCUUGGACUUUUGGGACUUUGUGA